AUGAAAGAUCCUAGGAGUUUUACUAUCCCAUGUUCAAUUGGAAACCAUUAUUUGGGCAAGGCUUUAUACGACUUGGGAGCUAGCAUCAACCUAAUUCCACUAUCUACUUUUAGAAAGUUGGGAAUUGGUCACAUGAAACCUACUACAGUGGCAUUGCAACUAGUUGAUCGAUCAUUAGCUCAACCUGAAGGGAAAAUCAAAGAUAUCUUAGUUCGUGUGGAUAAAUUCAUUUUUUCGGCUGAUUUUAUCAUACUUUAUUGCAAGGCAGACAAGAAGGUUCCCAUAAUCUUAGGACGACCAUUUUUAGCUACCAGAAGAAAUAUUAUUGAUGUUUACAAAGAUGAUCUAAUUGAGGAAAAAUUCAAUGACCAAAGCAUAAUGCUCUCUGAGGAGUUUGCAGUGACAUCUAAUGAUGAAUUCUUAGAUAAUUGUGACAAUGUGGUUGAAGCUAAUAACAUUGAACUCAGGCAUGGAUGGCAAAGUAAAUCCUUAGACUUAGCCAACAGAACAGCUCUAAUUUUCAACCCAUCUAUUGGCGACGCUCCUACUCUAGAAUUGAAACCACUACCUACUCAUCUUAAAUACGUCUUUCUUGGUGAUAACAAUACUCUCCUAGUUAUUGUCUCUGCAGCACUAGAUGUAACUCUAGAAGAAAAUUUGGUCUAA